UUAAAAUGGAAGUGGAGUAAAUAUGGAAAUGGGACUCGGCUGUCCUUUUUGUGAUUAUUCUCUUUAGUGAUAAUUUUCUAUUUUAAAUGACUAGUGUAACUCGAAAGUGCCCUCGGAGUGUCGUCAUAUUAAAAUAGUUCCAGUCGCAGUUGGAGUCCUUCUCCGUGUGAGAGGAAGUCUCCCCGUCGUUCCUUUUUUUACCUCCUACUUGAAAAGAUCCAGCCAUUUUGAAAUAAGGUGGAGCAGACGAGAAAGCAGGCCUUUUUUAUCUUUUAACAUUACUCCACUUCCGACUGGGAUUCAAUAGGAAUUCGGAGAUCGAUCCGGCUAAAGCCACUUUGUUCUUUUUAUUAUGGGACUUGAACAUUUCAUUCUACACUGAUCACCGAAAAUAGGUAAAAAGAUGCCAGUGGGUCCACCAUCACCUCCACCACCGGGGCCUCCACCGCCGCCACCCCCUAUGCUUGGGUUAUCAUCUGCAGGACCUCCUUCUGGUGAAAAAGGUAGAGAUUUGCUGUUGAAAUCUAUUCGCCAGGGAAAAAAGCUGAAGAAAACUGUCACCAAAGAUAGAAGUGCUCCAAUGAUAGGAAAGUCUGUAAAUGGCAGCAGUGAAACUGAAACUCAUUCAAAGCCUUAUAAAGGCCAGGGUUAUGAAAGCGGAUCGGCUACGAUAUCAAGAACAAAUGGACUAGCUGGUAUCUUCGCCGAUGGCAUGCCUAAGUUAAAACCAACUGGUUUAAGUUAUGCGCAACAAAAUCAAUCAAGCUCUCUUAAUUCAUUACCAACUUCGAAUCAUUCAUCCCUUCAUAGUAACCAUUCUUCCGUUUCUUCAGUUUUGAACUCAAACAUUAGUAAAGAGCUUAACAAAAAAUUGGAAAUAAAAAAUCGAGGUCCACCACCACAACCACCUCCAACACCACAGAAGCCAUCUUUUCCAACAAGCGCUUCAGACACAACACUGACGGUAUCUACAACUGGGACACACACAAGGUCACAAAGUACAGUGUCUCUUCAGAAUGGUAGGCUGGGAGGAAGAGGAUCAAAACCGGCAGUUCUUCCAAAACCUCAAGCUCCAGCACCACCUCCACCAGGACAACAGCAUAGAAAAUUGCCACGAGCACACAGUAUGAGGGCGCCUGCAUCCCCUCCAAUACUCCCACAAAAUCAGGCUCCCCCGACUUUCCCCAAUGGCAAUGGCUUGAGCCAUUUGGGAAAAGCACCAAUGUUUCAUUCAUCGACGGAUUCACUAAUUAGAGGUGGGAUGCCAAGGGCUAGAGCUCCGUUGAAACCACCAUCCUCAAGGCCUCCACCACCUCCGAGAUCAGUUCUUCCUCCUCAUCCACCACCAACACAACCUCCUCCACUGCCACCACAUCGGUCGGCUCCUCCAUUACCACAGAUGAAUCCGCCACCCCCUCCUGCUAGAAAUUCUUCCAUGAGGAAUGGAGGAUUAGGUGAUUUCGAGACAAGAUUUCAAUAUAAAUUUCACAAAAUGAGCGAAUUUCCACCACCUCCACCAUUUAUGGGUGUACUCAAAUUUUACAAUAGCAAAAAUGCUAAAGCUCAAGCUCCAGCACCGCCUAUGCAAAUGCAGUAUGGCACCAGAUUGUCAACAAGAGACAAUUCUAAUUGCUAGCGAAGGCCUCCCCCUAGGCCUCCUCCACCGAGCAGAAGAGCCUAGAGUGUAAUAAUCAUAAAUGUAUCAUUUUAUUAUUUACUUUGGGCAUUUUAGCUGCCAAUUGUUGACGUUGUUACUGUUUGUGUUGUAAACGAACGUGGAAAUGUGCUCAAUUAUAAAUAAGGUUUAUUAUUUUUUAAUCAGGGGAUGUUGUCGACAACACAUCAAAAAGUAAAAACAUUUAUCAUAAUUAUAACGCACAUUAUGGAGUAAUGCUUCAUUCUAUUUAAAUAUUAUUUAACAAAGGUUUCUAGUCUUUUCUUUUUUAAGAUAUAGGUUAUUAAAAUCUAUUCUUACUUUUUAGUCUUCCAAUUAAUCUUUGUAAGUAUUUAUGUAUAUUUGUAUGGCAUUGAUUUGUCUCCUUUGUUUCAGUAUUUAUCGGAGUUAUAAAUAAUUAUUUUAUAAUCAAAAAAUAAAACCUUACUCUUAUACUUUUAUCUACUUUCAUUGCUAUAAUGGUAUAUUUUUAUUUUCUAUUUGAAACAGUCGCACAAGAAGGGAUGGAUAUUUUUAUUAAUAUUAACUUAAUCAUUUUUCUAUUUAAGAAAUUUGUGCAAUGAGAAUUUUCAGUCUCUCAUUAUUUAAAAAUAAAUUAUUUAAUAAAUCAAUUAAUUGUUUUGUUUAUUUUUGUUUGAUGGCGAAUUAUGUACUUAUUACACCUUUCAUCUUCAGCUGUCAUAAUUAAAGGAGCACUACUUUUUUUUCUACCCCUCAAGAUUUCUUCUCUCUGUAAUAGUGUUUUUUUAUUUUAUAUUAUUUUUAUUUAUUUAGUUUUGUAUGUUAUCAAUCAAUGAAAAUAAUCAUUAAAACACAAAUGAAGCAAUAAAUACAGUUCAGAAACAGUUUUUGUAGUUGUUUCUUUAAUAUCGUCAGAGUAUAUAAAUUAACCUAGUCAUGGAUACAAAAAAAUGCCUUGAA